CGUGACUCUUGGACGUCGGACACUGAGGCGUCAGUGAACGCCUCAUUGGGCAGAGGCAGGCCAGCGGGAUAGUUUGGAGGAGGAAGAGGAGGACUUAACUCAUUGGACUCACACUCACUUACGAACUCACAACGGUUCACCCCUUAAUGCAGCAGGAGCCACAAUGGCAAAACUAGGAGGCUCCCCGGAAAUGAGGUUACAGAACAGUUAUGUUGAUCCUCACCACCCAAGAGGCGGCCAUGACAGCUCGUUUGGAGUUCGUGUGCAGGUUCAAGGGAUUAAAGGUCAGCCCUUUGUAGUUCUGAACAGUUCUGGUGAAGAAAGCCACAGAGACGUAUCGGUCAUCACUCACCAGACUGGGUACAAGCCGGGCAUGGUGAGGAGGUCCGUGGAUGAGGGUAGCUCCUCCUUCGAGUUUCAUUACCAAAAACAUCCAGAGAUCAUGAGACCGUACGACCCCAGAAGCAACAACCUCAACCAUCUCAACCCGACCCAAACCCUUCCUGGAAGAACAGCGGACCGACCCAAAGCCAGGAUUCCUCUUCCAGCAGAAGGCCCUUCUGAUGACCAGAACACGCCUCCCUCAGAAAUACCUGCACAUCUCCCCGCGAGGUCCCCAAACUCAGUAGACUCUGAGCCCUUCAUGUCCGUAGGGAAGCUGAUCAGCCAGUUCAACAGCAGCCCGCGUAGGGGAAGGGGCGGUCCCAGGAGUCGGCUGGACCCGGAGGAAAUGCGGCGGUCACGUAGCGUGGACAGCGGCCGAGCGUCUGAUUCGUCUUCCUCCUCAUCCAGCAGGGCGUCGUCUCUGAAGGGGGGCAGCGGCGGCGCGACCUCAGGCGGGAUCUAUCCUCCUGGGUCGGCCCGGGCUCGACUGCUGGGCGGAGAGGCCAACAAGAGAGGAGAGAACAAACCCAGCAUGCCGCUGAAAGCUCACCAUGGGAUAGACAUGACAGCAAAAGUAUUUCACAGAACUAAGGAAUUGUCGCAUAGUGCCUGCGCAGAUGGAGCUGAGGAAAGAGACGCUCAGGUCACUCCUGAUCUUCUGAAAGGACGGCAGGUGUCUGUCGACCCGAAUGAAGAUGCAGCGAAACUAAUGCUCUUCACCUACCUCAAGGAAGGGACGACUGAUGAAUUGUCGGUCACCAAGAGGAAAGUCAGCCUGCUGCUUGAAAGGAUCAACAGACUGAAGUGGAAAACAGGUGUGAAUGUGGAGGAGGAGAUGAAAGAUCAGACAGUCGAGGCGAAGCAGCUGCUGGAGAAACAAGAAGCUCUGGAGUCACAAGUGUGCGACUUGAAGCAAAAACUGGAAACCGAGAUGAAGAAUGAAAAGACGCUUGCCAAAGCCUGCGAGAAGGCCCGGACCGAAAAGAAGAAGCUGCAGGAAGAGUUGGCCACGAGUCAGGCCGAGCUCUCCAAACUCAGGAACAAACUGGCGGAAAUUGAGGCACAACUUAAGUCUACCAAAGACGAGUUGACUCAGAUGAUUGCGGACAGGGAGCGUUCUAAAGUGCAGAUGAAAGACCUCCAGCAGCAGCUCUCUGAGAUGCAUGAUGAACUGGACCAAUCCAAGAAGGCCGAAUUGAUAAAUGCGGAGAAAGAAGUCCUUUUGAAGGAUAUGGCCCAGCUGCGUGCAGACUUUCAGGACAUCCUGCUGGUGAAGGAGGAGCACGAGGAGCUUCUACAACAGCAGGAAAAGGAGCUCAGAGACUUGAAGGGGGCCAUCAAAGAUGAAGUGGAGAUGCACGAUAAAUACAUUGCUGCUCUUAAGGAAGAAUACGAAUUGGAGCUCGAACAUCUCAUGAGGGAUUUGGAGAAGACUAAAGAGAGCAACGCCGUGCUGGGCCGAGAGCAGGCGGAGGCGUUGGAAGAGGGCGGUGCAGCCAAGGAGAAGCUCCAGGAGCUGAGUCAGCAAAGAGAUCACCUCAAGGGAAAAGUGCAGGAGCUGAGCAGCAAGGUGGAUCAGCUGAGUCGAGCCGUUCAGGAGUCAAAAGCGUUGGAGAGACUGCAGGAGCAGCGAGCCAAGCAGUUGGAGAGGGAAAAGCAGCAGUUGGAGGAAACGUUGCAGGAUGUGAGGAGGAAUGAAGAGGAAAUGUGUCAGUCCAACCGCUCGCUGCUGGCUCGUCUGGAGGAAGUGCAAAGUAAGCUGACCAAACUCAACCACGAGCACAGGGACAUGAAGGAGAAGCUCAGGGAAGAGCGGAAACAAACAGAAGAGCUGUGGAAGAGCAAAAGUGAGCUGGAGGAUGAGAGAAGGCUGCAGGACAGGACAGUGGAACAACUUCAGAGGAAUAUGAAUAGCAUCAUGGAGGACUGCGAGGCAUCUACAGAUGUUCUUCAGAGCCAGGUCGACGAGGCCAAAGAGAGGAGUCAGAGGGAGUUGGCCGAGCUACGCAGACAGCUCCAGGAAAAGGGAGCUGACCUGGAGAAAUCCCGACUAGCGGCCAAAAAGCUUCAGGAUGAGCUGCUUCCUCUGGAGGAGGAUCUGCGGAGGUGUCACAGGGAGCACGAGGAGGCCCAGUCUAGGGCCCGGCAGCUGGAGCAAAGAGCGGAGGAGCUGGAGGAGAGGAACGCCACCACGGUGGACGAUCGCGAGCGGCACGUCAAACUCCUCGAGGGUCGCAUCGGUCAGCUGGAGGAGGAUGUGAACGAUGAGCGCAGCACUGCUGACCGACUGAUGGAGCGAUUAGACAAAACCAAAGAGCAGGUGGAUCAGAUGAGGAGCGAGUUGAUGCAGGAGAGAGCAGUCAGACAGGACCUGGAGUGUGACAACAUGAGCCUGGAAAGACAGAAUAAAGACCUCAAGAGCAGAGUGUCUCAUUUAGAAGGAUCGCAGAGGACCAACCAGGAUUCUCUCAUUUCCAAACUCAACAGCCGCAUCCAGGAACUUGAAGAGAGAUUGCAAGGGGAGGAAAGGGACAGCAACAACUUGCAGCAAGCCAACCGCAAGCUGGAGCGCAAGGCGAAGGAGAUGAAGAUGCAUGCGGACGAGGAGCACGCCAACCUGCAGACGCACAGGGACCAGUUGACUCAGAGACUGAAGACGGCCAAGCGACAGAUGGACCAAGCCGAGGAGGAGAUCGAGCGCCUGGAGCACGCCAAGAAGAAGCUGCAGAGAGAGCUGGAGGAGCAGCUUGAGGCCAAUGAGCAGCUUCAUGGCCAAAUUGACACGAUGAGGAAAGACAUGAGGCGCAAACGGAAAUCGCCCCCGGUAAUUAAAGUGGCGGAGGAUGGAGAUGGCCUGGAUGACACUGGUUCUGAUUAAUUGGAUAAAUAACUCACAUCACGUUUGGACUUAAUGAGGAGCUUGUUUCAGUAAUUCCAUUAACAACUCCUAUUAUCCUGGCAUUGUGUUAAGCCUGACCUCUAGUGGCAAUAUUUUGAACUACUUGAUGUGGCAAACAAACCCACAGUGCCGCUACACGAUGUGGACAAAAGUAUGGAGAUACACCAUGCGUCCAUUUUCAAAAGCAGAGCUUCUCAAACUUAGCGUGUGCUCCGACUACAGCUGAGAAUUGUUUCCAAAAAAAACCCCAUCAUAACCCUCACGCCAAUUACCGCAUCACUAUUUUACAUUGCAAAACUCUCACAGUGCACCUCCAAACAAAAAUGUCCCAAAAAGUAUAUAUAUUGAAAUCAUGAUGAUCUUGUCUCACAAUCUUAAGUGAAUUAUGUAGCUACCUUCCGUCAUCUAGCGUAAGAGCAUUACAUUCUUCUGCCUGUCUCGAUUCGUCACGGGCAUCGAUAGAUGAACAAAUAUAAUUUUUAGACCAAUGAAGUGAAAUUGUAUAAUUUCUUGAUGCUCUCUCUCUGGAACACUAAUGUGCUGCGAGCACUGUGGUUUACAAUCACCGCCGCCUUAGAGCUGUGUUACAGUAAUGACACAGACACAGUAGAGGUUUUUGGCGAGUUCCCCCGGAAUCUUAAGUCUUCAUCUUUUUUCAUUUUGGACAAUUCCAUGCUUCCGACUUGCCCUCGAUUGGCGAGCAACCAGUCCAGGCUGCAGCUCACCCGAAGACCCCAAUGAGGACAAGAGCUAUACCAAACGGAAUGUAAACAGUAAUAUAAAUCUUAUGGAUGCUUCAAAUUGUGUGGAAACAGUUUGGGGAACAAAGAUUGUGAGCAAGGCCUUUUCUUAGGCGCGAUAUCGGUGGACUCACAAAUAUGUUCAAUUUGUGGCUCGGUCUAAAUACUUUUGUCCACAUUGUUCAAGUCCUUUUCUUAUCUCCCGACUAAUGGUUCCAUGUAGUGUGAUGCUUUUCAAAAUGUGUAUUGAUGUUUAUAAACCUCCAGAAAUUGUACAAAUAAAAUCAAACUUUGUUUGCUUCA